UAUUAUUUAUUGGUUUCUGUUUUGCUCCUUCUUCGUGCUCUUCGUUGCGCUGCCUACGACGACCGAAUCCACAUGCACAUUACCCUAAAGAGAGCAAGAGCUGAAGAGAAAGCAAGACGAUUCCCCCUUCUAUCUCUUUCUCUAUUCCGAUCUCAUUCUCUGGUUCAAAUUUUCUUUCUCGCUCUGCAAAUCCGUUGGAGCUUCUGAUUUCUGAUUCACGAUUAGGGUUUAGUUCCUACUUUUGCUGAGAUUUGUUUUGGAUGGCGGCUUCCAGUGGCGUUGCGACAACCCUUGCGGGGAAGGGCAAGGUUGGGCCUUUUCUCCGUAGCAGCUCUUCCACGAGGUUAUUCUCUGCUCCAAGGAGUUCUUGUGGCUUUUAUCGCGUCGGCCCGAGAGUCCCUAGGCGGGAGGUGGCUCUUCGGAUGAGCCCCCGUUCCGAAGCGCCGGUGGAUCUUGAGGAGAAGCCAUCCGCAGCAGCCAGCGCGUCGGCGCUCGAGCAGUUCAAGAUCUCCGCCGAUCGUUACAUGAAGGAAAGGAGCAGCAUAGCUGUUAUAGGCCUUAGUGUUCAUACAGCGCCUGUUGAGAUGCGUGAAAAACUUGCUGUUCCAGAGGCCCAAUGGUCUCGUGCUAUUGGAGAAUUAUGCAGUUUGAAUCAUAUAGAAGAAGCUGCAGUCCUCAGUACCUGCAACCGAAUGGAAGUAUAUGUGGUUGCCUUAUCCUGGAACCGUGGAAUCAGAGAAGUUAUUGAUUGGAUGGCAAAGACAAGUGGGAUUCCAGUGGCAGAACUUCGACGGCAUCUUUUUAUGCUACGUGAUACUGAUGCAACAAGGCAUCUAUUUGAAGUAGCAGCAGGGCUUGACUCUCUUGUAUUGGGAGAAGGACAGAUUCUUGCUCAAGUUAAACAAGUUGUAAGAGUUGGGCAAGGCAGCGGAGUAUUGGGAAAGAAUAUUGACAGGAUGUUUAAAGAUGCAAUCACAGCUGGGAAACGUGUUCGCAGUGAAACCAACAUUUCAUCUGGAGCAGUUUCUGUGAGUUCAGCUGCUGUUGAAUUGGCUCUUAUGAAGCUUCCAAAGUCAAAUUCAACAUCUUCAAAAAUGUUGGUGAUUGGGGCUGGUAAGAUGGGGAAACUUGUAAUCAAACAUCUAGCUGCAAAAGGGAUCAAACGUAUUGUGGUUGUGAAUAGAUCAGAGGAGAGAGUAAAUGCUAUCCAUGAGGAAAUCAAAGAUGUUGAAAUCAUUUACAGAUCUUUCUCUGAACUGUUCACUGCCGCUGCUGAAGCAGAUGUUAUCUUCACGAGUACUGCAUCUGCAACACCACUUUUCUUGAAAGAACAUGUUGAAGCUCUUCCUCCUGUGGAUGAGGUAGUCGGUGGCAGGAGACUCUUUGUGGACAUUGCUGUUCCUAGAAAUGUAGGAUCUUGUGUUGCAAAUCUUGAACAUGUUCAACUCUAUAAUGUUGAUGACCUUAAGGAGGUUGUAGAAGCCAACAAAGAAGGUCGAUUGAGGAAAGCAAUGGAAGCCCAGUCAAUAAUCUCUCAAGAAUUAAAACGCUUUGAAGCAUGGAGGGACUCUUUGGAGACUGUCCCAACCAUCAAGAAACUAAGGUCGUAUGCAGAUAGAAUUCGUGCUUCAGAGUUUGAGAGAUGUUUACAAAAGAUUGGUGGUGAUGCUUUGACAAAGAAAAUGAAAAGAGCCAUUGAGGAUCUUAGCUUAGGUAUUGUAAACAAGCUGCUUCAUGGUCCCCUGCAGCACUUGCGAUGUGAUGGCAAUGACAGCCGAACUCUGGAUGAGACCCUUGAAAAUAUGCAUGCGCUUAACAGAAUGUUCAAUCUAGACACAGAGAAAGCAAUCAUAGAGCAGAAGAUCAAGAACAAAGUGGAGAAAACACAAAGUUAAGAUGAUUUAUAACCUUUUGGAGACAACUAAAUUAAUCAGUGGUGUUUGAUAUAAUCUGUUCGUUAUCCAGAAAUUCUUUUUGCACAUUCUCUAAGUCCUACUCAUCCGGCAUUCGUAUCUAUAAGAGAGUUUCCUCGGUCUAAAUCUUGGAUUCCCUUAAUGUGGGAGUGGCACCCUAUACAACUUAUUUUCCUAGAGACAUUGUACAUGGGUUAAGGCUCAGUUUUGUAAACGAGGCCAGCAUUGACAUUGUAACGGGCAAUUUCUGCAAUAGCUUACUAUUUUCUGCAUUGUAAAUUAGCAAAAUAUUUCUUAUGAAUGAUGGAGUUUUUUUUAUACUGUUCAGAAACU